AUGUUGCUGGCGGGCGUGCUGAAGCUGGCAGGGAUGCGGCGUUGUGGCAAGAGCUGUCGGCUGCGGUGGACGAAUUAUCUCUGCCCUGAUUUGAAGAGAGGCCUUCUUACUGAAGCUGAGGAGCAAUUGGUAAUUGAUCUUCAUGCCAGUAUUGGAAACAGGUACAUCUACUGUACUGAAGCUGAGGAGCAAUUGGUAAUUGAUCUUCAUGCCAGUAUUGGAAACAGAUCUGAGGUUGUGGGUUUUUCAUAUCCCUGUGAGGCAAAAUUUAUUUUUCUUCAAAACUUGUAUGAACUCAAAAUAAACCCUGUUCAAUCUUCUAUUUUUACCGAGUCUUGA